AUGCCUCCCGACCCCAUAAUCGACGAGGAUUACGCCUCCGAAGAGGACUCGGACUUUGCGCCCGACGCCCCUGCAGAAGGUGCAUCAGACGCCUCCGAUUCCGAGGGCGACGGCGACGAACUCGCCGCCGCGCCCAAGAGAAAACGCACGGUCGAAGACGAUGCCGCCGACGACGGGUACGAGAACUCGGGCGACGAGGCCAUCAUAAGCAAAGGGAAGAAACGCCAGAAGAAAGCCAGCAAGAUAAAAGAUGGUGGUGUCGCUGAGGAUGACGACGAAGGUGGCGAGGGCGGCCUCGUCAAGACGCGAAGCAUGCGGGCGGUCGAAAAGGCGGAGCGGAAAUCGCAUGCCGUCACGGGCCCCAUUACCGUCGAUGUCGACGACAUCUGGGCGCAGAUGACCUCUGGACCCCUUCUACCGUCGAAGAAGAAGGAUGCAGAGCAAGAGCAGGAAAACCAACGGCCUGCCGAGGAGGGCGCGACGGAAGGCGUACUCGCGAAGGACGCGGACAAGAUACAGACACAUCCGGAGAAACCAGGCGAAUCAUCCGAGCCUUCGGCCAUGAUCAAGAUCAAGCGUACCUACAACUUCGCCGGCAAGGUACACACAGAAGAGAAGCUCGUCCCGCGGGACUCGGCGGAGGCGAAGCUAUACCUAGCGUCCCUAGAUCCGAAAGCGAUAGAGGAAGUCACAACAAACGAGGACGAAGAGCCGAAGCGCAAGCCUCGCAAGGCCUUCCGGUCGAUCUUCGAGCCUAUCAUAGAAGGCCUAGGCCAGCGAAUCGACCUGAACCUGGGCAUGAGCGUGAGACUGCAGCUGCGGGAGCAGCAGGCCAAGGCAGGCAACGCGAAGAAGCUGAACGUCGUGGAGAAGAGCCGCAUGGACUGGGCCGGCUUCGUCGACAAGGAGGGCAUCCAGGACGAACUGAAGCUGGCGGGGAAAUCGAAGGAGUCGUAUGCCCAUCGUCAGGACUUCUUGGCUCGCGUCGAGGCCAAGAAGGACGAGGAGGCGAGGAGGGUUCGGAUCGCUGGGCGUGGUUGA